AUGUCUACUACGCAGCGGGAGACCGCAAAUCCAUGGCGCCCAAACAUGGUAUACAACCCACGAAGAAGCCCUCAAGAUGCUCCUGGGCUAUUAGGGGACUUCAUCGAGAAGUCUGCUACAACGUUAUACCGCGCCUACAUCCCAGACACCCCCAACAAAGACUUUGGACCAAUGAUGGCCAAGGCCACGUACUAUGUCUUCACAAUCGAUCUGUUCGUUGUCGAUGAAACAACUCGCAACGGCUUCUUCGCACGACUACACAGUCGGACAACACCAAGUUCCGCUAUCGCUACGAUCUUUGAAGAUCAUGGCCUAGUCAACCUCCUCUGCGUACUGGGGGGCGUACGAAACGCUGUUCUCGACCCGGUAGCUGCUUCUCGGGCUGAGCGACUGAUUCUCUACCACCGACAUCCAAACAUGCUCGAUCAGCUAGUCUGGGCAAUCGUACAUCCGGACGAUGGCCAUCCAGGUGUUCAGCAGGAUGUCGAUGAUCGCUUUUUCGUGGCGGUCCUGCUCGUCCACCACUUCAAGCACCACGGUGGUCUAGUGCUGCCCAAUCUUGAGGCUGCUCGCUCGAAGGAGGCUGCGCAUCAAAUACUGGUCGAUAGCUAUAAGGUGCGCGGAAAUUCCAGUACUGACCUCAUGAUGCACUACCCCAAUUGGCGUGACAGUCUGACUGUCCACCGACCACCGGGUCUGGGUGGAUCAUUGGCAGCUCUGACCGUAGUACCAACGCUGCUGCUAAGUCCAUCGAGUGGUCCAACUUCGCCUGACAAAACAGGCAGUCUCGGUACGAUCGGUGAUAGCCGCCGUCAAUUCUGA